CUCACCUGCAAGAACAUUUUCAGCUUCACAACCCCAAAACUCUCUAUCCCUCUCUCUCUCUCUCUCCCUAACACGCCUCAAUAAUAUCAAAACCUAACCCUAAUCUCAUCUCCUUCGACUCUCGCCGGUCGCUCACCGGCGACUAUGACCUGAGUCUCACUCCCCGUUUCCGGCGAGUCCAGCUCCCACCGUCUGAACGGAUCGAGAGAACCUUUUUUCAGAGAGAGACGCCGCGAUGCCGUCGCAUUCCGAUCUGGACCGUCAGAUCGAUCACCUGAUGCAGUGCAAGCCUCUGCCUGAGUCGGAGGUGAGGGCGCUAUGCGAGCAGGCCAGGGCGAUCUUGGUGGAGGAGUGGAAUGUGCAACCAGUCAAAUGUCCCGUCACGGUGUGUGGGGACAUCCACGGUCAGUUCCACGAUCUCGUUGAGCUUUUCCGGAUCGGUGGCAGUGCUCCUGAUACCAAUUACCUCUUCAUGGGCGACUAUGUAGAUCGAGGGUACUAUUCAGUGGAGACUGUCACACUUCUUGUUGCUCUGAAAGUGCGUUAUAGAGAUAGAAUCACAAUUCUGAGAGGAAAUCAUGAAAGUAGGCAAAUUACUCAAGUGUAUGGAUUUUAUGAUGAAUGUUUAAGGAAAUAUGGAAAUGCUAAUGUCUGGAAGUACUUCACUGACCUUUUCGAUUACCUGCCUCUUACAGCCUUAAUUGAGAGUCAGAUCUUCUGCUUGCAUGGUGGACUCUCUCCAUCUUUAGAUACUUUAGAUAAUAUUCGUGCUCUGGACCGGAUACAGGAGGUUCCUCAUGAGGGUCCAAUGUGCGAUCUCUUGUGGUCUGAUCCGGAUGAUCGAUGUGGGUGGGGAAUAUCUCCUCGGGGUGCUGGAUACACAUUUGGGCAAGACAUUGCCUCUCAGUUUAACCACACAAAUGGGCUCACUCUUAUUUCUAGAGCUCAUCAGCUUGUUAUGGAAGGUUACAAUUGGUGCCAGGAUAAGAAUGUUGUGACAGUGUUUAGUGCUCCAAAUUACUGUUAUCGGUGUGGAAAUAUGGCUGCAAUUCUUGAGAUAGGAGAGAAUAUGGAACAGAAUUUCCUUCAGUUUGACCCAGCUCCGCGUCAGGUUGAGCCUGAUACCACUCGCCGAACCCCCGACUAUUUUUUGUAAUCCCCAUUAACUCUCCAAGUAUUUGGCAAUUUUUGUUGUGUUGUGUCGUUUUUUGUAGAUUUGUCUUGCAAAAAGAAGAGUUUUGGUGUUUAAUUGAGAAGAUACAGCGUGAACGUACUUAUGAUUAUUAUGUUGGUUAAUAUUCUCCAUUGUCAAGUUGAAAUGAGUUUAUAGGAUUUACCUUGUA